GAGAAGCAAUUUAUCUACUCAGAGACUGGAAUGGCAUUCUCUGAUGAAAGAAAGCAUAAUGUACACUUCCCAAAACCCAGUAUUAUGAAGGGGCAUAAAUGUUUUCGGUGCGGAAAGUACUUCAGAAACAGAUCACAUCUCAUUCUGCACCAAAAGAUUCACAGAGGAGAGAAACCAUUUGAAUGUUCAGAGUGUGGGAAAAGAUUCAGUCGGAGUGGACAGUUUAAACAGCAUCGACGAAUCCACACAGGGGAGAAGCCUUUUGAAUGCUUAGAGUGUGGAAAGAGAUUCAAUCGUAGUGACAGUUUUCAACGGCAUCAACGAACCCACACAGGGCAGAAGCCAUAUGUAUGCUCAGAAUGUGGGAAAGGAUUCAACGAGAGUGGCCAUCUUAAAGAGCAUCAACGAACUCACACAGGAGAGAAGCCCUUUGAAUGCUCCAAGUGUGAGAAGAGAUUCAUUCGCAGUAGCACUCUUCAAAAACAUCUUAGUAUCCACACGGAGGAGAAGCCGUUUGAAUGUUCAGAGUGUGGGAAGAGAUUUCGUCGGAGUGACUAUCUUCAAGAGCAUCAACGAACCCAUACAGGGGAAAAGCCCUUUGAAUGCUCAGAGUGUGGGAAGACAUUUAGUUCUAGUGGCAGCCUUCAAAAGCAUCAAUGGACCCACACAGGGGAGAAGCCCUUUGAAUGCUCAGAGUGUGGAAAGACAUUUAGUUCUAGUGGCAGCCUUCAAAACCAUCAAUGGAAACACACAGGGGAGAAGCCCUUUGAAUGCUCAGAGUGUGGGAAGAGAUUCAGUUGGAGUGGCCCUCUUCAACAGCAUCAGCAAACCCACACAGGGGAGAAGCCAUUUGAAUGCUCAGAGUGUGGGAAGACAUUCAUGUUCAGUAGCACUCUUCAGAAGCAUCAACGAACCCACACAGGGGAGAAGCCCUUUGAAUGCUUUGAGUGUGGGAAGAGAUUCAUGCACAGUGUCACUCUUCAAAGGCAUCUAAAAACCCAUACGGGGGAGAGACCUUUCAAAUGCUCAGAGUGUGGAAAGAGAUUCCGUGAGAGCGGCCACUUUAAAGAGCAUCAAAGAACCCACACAGGGGAGAAGCCCUUUAAAUGCUCACUGUGUGGGAAGACAUUCACCCAGAGAAGCCAUUUAUAUCAUCAUCGAAGAACCCAUACAGGGGAGAAGCCUUUUGAAUGCUCAGAGUGUGGGAGGAUGUUCAGUCGACGUGACAGUCUUCAGCAGCAUCAAUGGACCCACACAGGGGAGAAGCCCUUUGAAUGUUCACAGUGUGGGAGGAGAUUCCGUCAGAAAUGCACUCUCCAACAGCAUCAAAGUACCCACACAGGGAAGAAGCCCUUUGAAUACUCAGAGUGUGGGAAGAGAUUCAUGCACAGUAGCAGUCUUCAGAAGCAUCAACAAACCCACACAGGGGAGAAGCCCUUUGAAUGCUCGGAAUGUGGGAAGAGAUUCAUGCACAGUGGCAGUCUUCAGAAGCAUCAACAAACCCACACAGGGGAGAAGCCCUUUGAAUGCUCAGAAUGUGGGAAGAGAUUCAAUCGGAGCAGUUAUCUUCAACAGCAUGAACAAACCCACACAGGAGAGAGGCCAUUUGAAUGCUCAGAGUGUGGGAAGAGAUUCAGUCGGAAAGGCACUCUUCAGCAGCAUCAACUAACCCACUCAGGGGAGAAACCAUUUGAAUGCUCAGAGUGUGGGAAGACAUUCAGUCGGUGUGCCAAUCUUCGAGAGCAUCAAAGAACCCAUACAGGGGAGAAACCCUUUGAAUGCUUAGAGUGUGGGAAGAAUUUUUUUUCAAGUGGCGCUCUUCAAAGGCAUCAACGAACCCACACAGGGAAGAAGCCUUGAAAUAUUUAGAGCAGGGGUGUCAAACAUGCAGUCUGGGGGGGGGGGUGAAUCAGGCCCCUGGAGGGCUCCUAUCAGGGCCCUAAGCAACUGGCUGUCAUCUGCUUCCUUCUGUCUAUAUCUCGCUGCCUUCUGCAUAACAGCUUGCUUUGCAAGGCUUGCUCAAUUGCACAGGAGCUACCCAGCAAAACCUCUAUUCUUUCCAUUGGCUGAUGCUCUUCCCUUGGGGAGGAAGGGGAGAAGGGAUAGCUUGCUUUGCCAGGCUCUCUUAAUCGCACAGCAGAGCUACUGAGCCAAGUCUCUCUUCCUUCUAUUGAAUGAGGCUCCUCCCCCCAGUCCCCUGGGGGAGGAAGGAAAGAGCCAGAGCUUCCUUUGCCCAGUUCCCUGGAUCCCAUGGGAGAAAUACAAAGAGAGCAUCUUUAACACCAAUGAGUGGUAACAUUUUAAGCAUGUUUUAAGUUUUUAAAAAGUAUAUGUUUGUGUUCUUUAUAACGUUUAUAUUUCUGCCCCCUAAUAUUAAAUAGAUACACAUAUGGCCCAGCCCAAUGUGGUUCGGCCCAACCCAACAAAGUGACAUCCGACCCAACAAGGUCUCAUUUAUGUCAGAUCCAGCCCUCAUAACAAAUGAGUUUGACACCCCUGGUUUAGAGAAUGGGAAGACAUUUAUUUGGGUGGCACUUAAGAUCAUCAGUGAACCUACACAAGGGAGAAGCCCUUUGAGUGUGCAGAAUGAUUCAGCUAGAAUGGUGUGCUUCAACAUCAUCAACAAACCCACACAAAACAAGGCUUUUGAAUGCUCAGAAUGUGGAAAGCCAUUUAGUCAGAGUGGCACUCUUCAACAGCAUCUAUGAACCCAUGCAGGGAAGAAGCACUUUUGAAUGCUCAGAGUGUGGGAAGAGAUUCAGUCACAAUGGCACCCUUUAACAACAUCUAAGAUGCCAUACAGAGGAGAA